ACGAAGUUCGCCUUGGCGUGUGGACUUCCAGUUUUGUAGGAAAUAAUUACAGCGGCAUGUGCUGUGCAAUUAAAAGUGCCGGUGUUUAAAGUGUGAUUCCACGGACUUUGCCGGAGACCGUUGAACGCAUCAUCAGCCCCAGCAGAGUGAGGUUUAUCAGAGAGGCAUUAAUAGAAUUCCCACUUGCGACGCUCUGGUGCAGCUUCGUGACGUUCCAGUUUUCGUGAAGCAGCACUGAGGAUGGCGGGCCUGUGGAGGUCCUACCAGGCCCUGAUGGCAAGGCACCCCUGGACGGUGCAGAUUGUGACGGCAGGCUCUCUGGUGGGCGUGGGCGACGUCAUCUCGCAGCAGGUGAUCGAGCGACGUGGACUCGCUCAACACGAUGCGCGGCGCACCGCCAAGAUGAUGAGCAUUGGAUUCUUCUUUGUGGGCCCGGUCGUCGGCAGCUGGUACAAAGUUCUGGACCGCCUGGUGACCGGAGGAAGUAAGAGUGCGGCCAUAAAGAAGAUGCUGAUUGAUCAGCUGUGCUUCGCCCCGUGUUUCUUGGGGGCCUUCCUGUCUCUGUCAGGAGUUCUGAACGGGCUGAGCGUGGAGCAGAACGUCGCCAAGCUGCGCCGGGACUACACAGACGCGCUUAUCUCCAAUUAUUAUCUGUGGCCGCCGGUGCAGAUCGCCAACUUCUACUUCAUUCCACUGCAUCACAGGUUGGCCGUGGUGCAGGUAGUGGCCGUGGCCUGGAACUCCUACUUGACCUGGAAGGCCAACAUCGUGUGAUCCUCCACGACCACCAUUUUGUUUAUUUUUUUGUUUGUUGUCGUUGAUGCAACCGCUGCUCAUCAUCAUUCAACUUGACCAGGCGGACUCACGGCUCCAUGCCUGGAUGGCACAUUUAAGGCAAAUAAGUAUGGAAAUUACACGCACGCACAUUCACUUCCUGGUUUGUGUGUCACAAAACAGUCUUAAGUUUUAGUUGUUUGUGUUCAUGGUCGUCGUUGACAAUUGCUGACACUGUGAAUACUGCAUAUAGACAGAGGUCAAUGUGAAUAAAAAAAAAUUAUAUAUAUUAUCUACCUGAAA